UUCAUGCUUCCCUUUUCAGGUCAUCACCUUCCACAUCGUCUCCUAGCAGAUCGAACAGUAAAACCCGCAGCAAAAUGAGUGACCGUAAGGCAGUGAUCAAGAAUGCCGACAUGGGCGAAGAAAUGCAGCAGGAUGCGGUGGACUGUGCGACACAGGCACUGGAAAAGUACAACAUCGAAAAGGACAUUGCCGCCUAUAUCAAGAAGGAGUUCGACAAAAAGUACAACCCCACCUGGCACUGCAUCGUCGGUCGAAACUUUGGCUCCUACGUCACGCACGAAACGCGCCACUUUAUUUACUUCUACCUGGGACAAGUCGCCAUCCUUUUAUUUAAGAGCGGUUAAAUUCGAGUACUAGGAUCUUUCAUAAGUAGCGCGUAUUUGUUGUAUACAGAGAAAAGAGCAGCAGAGCAGAGGAGGUGGAGGAUGCAAAUCGAGCAGCAGCAGCAAGCAGUAGCAGCAAGCAACCGCAAAGCAGGAACACAUUCUAUUUACUAUUACUUCUACUAUUAUUAACGAUUAUUAUAAAAAACCAAUGCCCAUCAACCAAACCGACGACGUCAGUGAAAUGCACCUGGACAGCAACGAGGGCAGCUGAGACUGGACACGGCUGUAUGUGUGCGUGUGAUACCUGGACUACGAUGGCUGUGGUAAAAGCGUGGUCCAGGUCAACUAUUACAAAUCAGCGUAGUAAACAGAAAACAGCACUUCGGGUUGAGGUUCGAUUUGUAGUUUUUAAUCACUUUCCGAACCAUAUAUAGCAAAAUCAAAUAAGACGCUAAACCUUUUUGGAAUGAAACAUCUUAUAAAAGCACUUUAGCGAAAAGAAAAGUAGAUAAUUGAUGAUGAUUUGAUUACAAGUAAAAUCUUUGAUUGAUAAACUGAAUUAAUUCUGGUUAGAGCAAAUUUACUUUGUAAACAUACAUACAAAUUAAAACUAAAUGCGUUAAAAUGUUGUGUUCUUUUUUAGAGUCACUUUAUAUAAUUAAUCGCCGGUCCUGAUUUACCCUGUGAACUAAUUUAUGAAACGGAACGCUAAUAAAUGAUGAUAACCAUGGUAUCCAGAA